AGAAAGUGGAAUAAAGGGUGCACGCUGGAUUGAGGUCUUUCUAAGCGCACGCAGCACCAGCAGCAAGAGUGCGUCUCAAGGUUCCUCCGCUCGAGUCACUGAAAGGGAUCCGCCGGAGAACAAGUGCAAAGCCGGGAGGAGAGAGGCAAACGGAAGGACUUGCAUCGAGCUCAGGAGGUUUGUUAAUGUUUGGAAUCCAGGAGAGCAUCCAGAGAAGCGGCAGCAGCCUGAAAGAGGAGCCGCUGGGAGGCAUGAACGUCCGGAGCUGGAUGCAGGGGGGCGGCGUGCUGGACGCCAACACGGCCGCCCAAAGUGGAGUGGGUCUGGCUCGGGCUCACUUUGAGAAGCAGCCGCCCUCCAACCUGCGGAAGUCCAACUUCUUCCACUUCGUCCUGGCUCUGUACGACCGGCAGGGUCAGCCGGUGGAGAUCGAGAGGACGAGCUUCGUGGACUUCAUCGAAAAAGAGAAGGAGACCAGCGGAGAGAAGACCAAUAACGGGAUUCAUUACAGGCUACAGCUUCUUUACAGUAACGGCAUCAGAACAGAGCAGGACUUUUAUGUUCGACUCAUAGACUCCAUGACUAAACAGCCGAUUGUUUACGAAGGCCAGGACAAGAACCCAGAGAUGUGCAGAGUGCUACUGACACAUGAGAUCAUGUGCAGUCGGUGCUGUGACAAGAAGAGCUGUGGAAACCGUAAUGAGACACCCUCAGACCCUGUUAUCAUCGACAGAUUUUUCCUCAAGUUUUUCCUCAAGUGCAACCAGAACUGUUUGAAGAAUGCAGGAAACCCGAGAGACAUGAGGAGGUUCCAGGUGGUCGUAUCAACGACAGUGAGCGUGGAGGGACACGUCCUGUCGGUCUCUGACAACAUGUUUGUUCACAACAACUCCAAACACGGUCGACGGGCCCGCAGGCUCGAUCCUGUGGAGGGGACGCCGUCUUACCUAGAACACGGAGCAGCGCCCUGCAUUAAAGCCAUAAGUCCCAGUGAGGGCUGGACUACGGGAGGUGCUACUGUCAUCAUCAUAGGAGACAAUUUCUUCGACGGUCUCCAAGUAAUCUUCGGUACUAUGCUGGUUUGGAGCGAGCUGAUUACACCACAUGCCAUCCGGGUGCAGACGCCUCCCAGACACAUCCCUGGGGUUGUAGAGGUCACUCUGUCUUACAAGUCUAAACAGUUCUGCAAAGGCACACCAGGGAGGUUCAUAUACACAGCGUUAAACGAACCUACCAUCGACUAUGGCUUCCAGAGGCUACAGAAGGUCAUUCCUCGGCACCCUGGUGACCCUGAGAGGCUGCCAAAGGAGGUCAUUCUGAAGAGAGCAGCAGACCUGGUGGAAGCCCUCUAUGGUUUGCCUCAUAAUAACCAGGAGAUCAUCCUCAAACGUGCAGCAGACAUCGCAGAAGCUCUUUACAGCGUUCCUCGAGGACACACCCAGCUUUCCAGUUCAACUCACAGCGGCAUGAUGGGAGUCAACUCUUUCACCGGGCAGCUGUCCGUCAACGUAUCCGAACCCUCACAAGCCAAUCAGGGUUUUGUGCGCAGCAGCAGUAGUGUGUCACCCCACGGUUACGUGCCCAGCUCCACACCUCAGCAGACCAGUUACACCUCAGUCACCAGCACCAUGAAUGGCUACGCCAACAACACCGGCAUGACCAACCUGGGAGGCUCGCCCACUUUCCUCAAUGGCUCUGCAGCCAACUCGCCUUAUGCUAUUGUUCCAUCCAGUCCUACUAUGGCCUCCUCCACCUCUCUUCCCUCCAACUGCUCCUCCUCUUCUGGUGUCUUCUCCUUCUCUCCAGCCAACAUGGUGUCAGCAGCAGUUAAACAGAAGUCCGCCUUUGCUCCGGUAGUCAGGCCCUCGUCGUCCCCUCCGCCCUCCUGCACCAGUGCCAACGGCAACGGGCUUCAAGAUCAAACAUUUGUGGACUCUAGCAAGUACUCAACAGCCAGCUCUCUACAAGGCCUGGCCUUCACCUGAACAAUCCCGGGAAUGAUCGUCCCACCCAUGUAAAGGUGUGUGUGCAUGAUUUUGUGUGUGUGUGUGAGUGAGAGAGAGAGAGUUGAACCAAGCACACUCUCACUGAUCGUGGUGGAGGCUUCAGUGUGAGUCUGACUCCGGUCGGCGAUGGAAGGAGCUGUCCCGAUUUGAAGGAACAAACCCAACUCAGGCCCUUUCUAACACAACAAAACAACUUCGAGAGAAAAAGAAGAAGAACAAAAAACAAACUGUUUGCAAGAAAAUAAGUUGUUUAGACUUUGUACACCUUGAUGCUUUUUAUAGGAGAACGGCCACGCCUCUUACAACUCUCCAAGGACACAGGAAGUGUAUUUAUUUUGGAGAGAAUCCACUUCCUCCCAUGAGUGUUUGUGACUUUUUUUUUCUUUUCACGCAACAGUUUAUGUGUGAUAAUCAUCUUCUAAUUGUAACCUACACGAGGUGGUUUCUAUUUAAGAAGUUUUGUCUUUAAUGAAGGAGUAAAAUGUGAAGCAUACCUGAUAAUGAUGAAGUGAUGAUGAGUCAAAAUGAUGAUGAAGUCACAGGGUCAAAUCCAGCCAACACAGACAAGCCAAACCAGACACUCACACACGCUUUUACUUCUCUUUGCCAAAUCCUUGCCACACCAAGAGGAAAAAAGAGGAAGCUUCUUGUCUGCAUCUGAUGCUCCAGUUUUAGCCAUUUAAGAAGUUUACUUUGAGCCUCCUCUACAUACAUCUGUCCUGCAUCUUCAGUCUUUCAGCCAACAGACUUGCUUCACUUGUAGUAGAAGAUAGAUUUGACAGUAGAUGCAUGUAAAAAGGAAACAAAUGAUCACAGAUCCUCUCCCACACAGUAGUACAUUAUUUUUGUGUGCCAAUAGCAGCUUCACUGCUCAGGAUUUGACCCCUACCCUCAAUUAUCCCUGUUACAGCAACUGGUUGAGACGCAUACAGCCGCAGAGACCUCUAUGAGAGGGAGAACAUGUCUUAAAAGACUGCUGCAAUUUAGACUUUUAUUUUGAUGUGUGAGAUUUGUUUUCUUGAGUUUUGUCAUAAUUGA